UGUCGCCAUUUCUCUCUCCAUCGCUUUUGCGUUUCCUCAUCUUCUUCUUCUCAUAAAUACUGCAUCGCUCUUCUCAAAAUUCCGAAAUCCACAACUCCCACUCUUUCUCUCUCUCUCUUUUUUACUGAGCCAUGAAGAACUUCACCCUCUUCUCCUUCAUCCUUCUCAGCCUCCAACUUUCCUACGUUUCUGCUGAAUGCUCUUUUGAUGGUGAAUCCCAAGGCGGCGAUAAAACCGCGGCCCUCAGAUUCAAACUAGUAGCUAUAUGUUCCAUACUUGUUGCCAGUGCGCUUGGUGUCUGUCUCCCAAUCCUGGGCAAGAAAAUCCCAGCUCUGAGUCCUGAAAAGGAUAUCUUUUUCGUGAUCAAGGCCUUUGCUGCUGGUGUGAUCCUCGCCACCGGCUUUAUCCAUGUUUUGCCAGAUGCUUUCGAGAGCUUGACGAGUCCAUGCCUCCAUGAAAAGCCGUGGGGGGAUUUCCCUUUCGCCGGGUUCGUGGCUAUGCUUUCGGCCAUGGCUACCAUGAUGAUCGACACGUUCUCAACGAGUUAUUAUGAGAGAUUGCAUUUUAGUAAGGCUUUGCCAGUGAAGGAGGAUAGUCAGGUGCAUGAGGGUCAUGUGCAUGUUCAUACACAUGCUACACAUGGCCAUGCUCAUGGCUCGGCCUUUGUCUCCGAGGAUUCCUCCACGGAUCUUCUCCGUCAUCGAGUAAUAUCUCAGGUUUUGGAGCUGGGGAUUGUAGUUCAUUCAGUAAUUAUUGGCAUCUCUUUAGGUGUCUCGCAGAGUCCUAACACCGUCAGGCCUCUUAUAGCAGCUUUGACUUUCCAUCAAUUUUUUGAAGGCAUGGGUCUUGGUGGGUGCAUUUCUCAGGCAAAAUUCAAGUCCAAGGCUAUUGCAAUAAUGGUUCUUUUCUUCUCACUUACCACCCCAACUGGAAUUGCCAUUGGAAUAGGAAUAUCAAAUAUUUUCAAUGAGAAUAGCCCAAAUGCUCUGAUUGUGGAGGGUGUGUUCAAUUCUGCUUCGGCUGGGAUCCUCAUAUACAUGGCACUAGUUGAUCUCCUUGCAGCAGAUUUUAUGAACCCUAGAAUACAGAAGAAUCUAUGCCUCCAAUUUGGUGCUAAUCUUUCCCUACUUUUAGGCUCCGGUUGUAUGUCCCUUUUGGCAAAAUGGGCAUAAGUUAGGGCUAACAAUUUUACUAAAUUUUGUGAGGAUAAAUCCUCUUAUGUUUGCUUAUAAGGUUUUUCUUCGUUUUCUUUUUUGUUUUUUAGUUUUUAGUUUUUCUUAUUUUUCUUUUUUCUGUUUAAUUGUGUUUUCCUCUGCUAAUCAAAAAUGUAAAUUUCAAUUUGUUUUCCUCCAAUAAUAUAGGUAUAUAUGUGAGUUUGAAUUUUGUAAUCUAUAAUUAAGAAAUUAUAGAAAAACACUUUAAUUAAAGUUAUGAAAAA